GCAUCACUCCCCGUGUGAGCAGGCAAAUGCAACAUGCUCUCCAGCCUGGGGUGUCUACUUCUCUGUGGAAGUAUUGCACUUGCUCUGGGAAAUGCACAGAAAUUGCCAAAAGGUAAAAAGCCAAGCCUGAAAGUGCACAUCAAUACCACCAGCGACUCCAUCCUCUUGAAGUUCCUGCGUCCAAAUCCAAACGUAAAGCUGGAAGGUUUUCUUCUGGGAUAUGGCAGCAAUGUGUCUCCAAACCAGUACUUCCCUCUUCCCACAGAAGGGAAAUUCACAGAGGCUGUAGUUGAUGCAGAGCCGAAGUAUCUGAUAGUCGUGCGACCUGCUCCUCCUCCCAGCCAGAAGAAGUCGUGUUCAGGGAAAUCUCGCCCUCGCAAACCCCUCCAGCUGGUGGUGGGUACGUUGACACCGAGUUCUGUCUUCCUGUCCUGGGGAUUCCUCAUCAACCCACACCAUGACUGGACAUUGCCGAGUCACUGUCCCAGUGACAGAUUUUAUACAAUUCGAUACAGAGAAAAGGAUAAAGAAAAGAAAUGGAUUUUUCAACUCUGCCCAGCUACUGAAACAAUUGUGGAAAAUCUAAAACCCAACACAGUUUAUGAGUUUGGUGUGAAAGACAAUAUAGAAGGUGGAAUUUGGAGUAAGAUUUUCAAUCAUAAGACUAUUGUUGGAAGUAAAAACAAAGUAAAUGGGAAAAUCCAAAGCACUUAUGACCAGGUCCACUCAGUGCCAGCAUAUGUCCCGAGGAAGCUAAUCCCACUAACGAUCAUUAAGCAAGUGAUUCAGAACGUUACUCACAGGGCUUCAACCAAAUCCCCAGACAAGACUCCUUUGGGGGGAACAAUAUUGGUUCAUCUGAUUAUUCCGGGUCUUAAUGAAUCCACUGUAAAACUUCCCACAUCCAUAAUGCUUGAGAUUUCGGAUGCUCUCAAGGCACAAUUAGCUAAGAAUGAAACAUUGGCUUUACCAGCAGAAUCUAAAACGCCAGAGGUUGAAAAAGUGGCAGGACAGCCAGUAACAGUGAUUCCGGAAACAGUUUCAAGAAGCACUAAGCCCACCUUGUCUAGUGCUUUGGACACUGCAGAGACAGCACUGGUCCUCAGUGAGAAGACGUCAGAAACAGCCCGCUCUGUUCUAAUACCUGAGUUUGAGUUGCCCUUGAGCACUUUAGCUCCAAAAAGGUUCCCUGAGUUUCCUGAGGCAAAAACAACCUUCCCAUUGGAGAGACCUGGGGGUUCCUGGGCUUCAAGUGAGGAGCCAUGGGUGGUACCUGGAGCUAAAACAUCUGAAGAUUCCAGAGUUGUACAGCCUCAAACUGCAACUUCCGAUGUUAUCUCAAGCUCGACAACUCCUGAUGAGACUGAAAUAGAGCUUCACACAGCAACAAGUGAUCCUAUUCUGGACUCUGUUCCACCUAAAACUUCUAGAACUGCUGAACAGCCAAGGGCAACACUGGCUCCAAUCGAAGCAUUAUUUGAAUCCCGAAAUGUGGAAAUCUUCACCAGUCCUGAAGUGCGACCUACAACGCCUGCUCCUCAGCAAACUACAUCUAUCCCUUCCACACCCAAACGACAGUCAACACCCAAACCGCCAAGAGUCAAGCCUGCCCCAGAACCUGAGACGCGGCCAUCUGCACAGUCAACAAAGGCUCCACGUGAGACCAAAAAACCAGGUCGCCACCGCCUCCGCCGUCCUAAAACCACACGUAGUCCUGAAGUACCCAAGUCCAAACCUGCUCUUGAACCUGCCACCAUGCCACCGGAGAGCUUGGUACCCAAAAUUGUUACUACUACAGACAUUGAACCUGUAAUUACGAGAACCAAGGCAUCCGUGACAACAUUAGCUCCAAAACCACCAAGACCAAGAACGCACCGACAACGUACCAAAUACAAAACCACCCAAAGCCCAAAGGUACCUCAUAGUAAACCAGCAGACUUGGGACCUAUCACUCCUGAGCCACCUUUAGCUUCAACAACAAUAAAAGUCCGCCGUCCACGUCCCAAACCUCAAACCACACCCCAUCCAGAAGUACCUCAGACAAUAUUGGUUCCUGCUACAAGCCUUGAACCAUUUAUUAGUACUGAGGCACCAGGGACAACAUUAGUUCCCAAACUGCCUCAACAACCAGGCUAUCCACAUCCCCAACCUCAAACCACAAGGAGUCCUGCAGCGCCUCUGACAGAACUGGUUCCUACUCCAGUCUUUGCACCAGUUACUCCUUUAAAAGAGGAUCCAGUGACCACAAUAGUUCCUAUUACAGACCUUGAACAUGUUACAGACCUUGAAACAUCUGUUGCUUUUAGAACUGAGGCCCCUGGGACAACACUAGCUAGCAAAGUAUCACAAAGAACCCGCCGUCCACGACCCCCACCUAAAGCCACCUUGAGCCCUCAAGCACCUCAAACAAAACCUGUUCCUGCUGUAGUCCUGGAACCCGUCACUCUUAGACCUGAGGUCCAAGUAACAACACUAGCUCCCAAAAAAACACAGAGAAAACAUCGUCCACGUCCUAAACCAAAACCUGUACCAAGUCCUGAAGUAACCGAGUCCAAACCAGUUCCUUCAAGAGAACGUGAACCUGUGACACUCAGAACUGAGACUUGGGUGACAACAAAAGCUCCUAAAACACCAAAACGGACCCGUCGUCCACGCCCCAGACUUCAAACCACACCAACUCCUGGGACCCCUCUAACCAAACCUGUUGCUGCUACAGAUCUUGAACCCAGUGCUCUUAGCACCGAAGUGCCUGCGACCGUGGUUCUUACUACAGCCCUCACACCUGUCACUCUUAGGACCAAGGCUCCCAAGAUAACAGCAUUAGCUCCUACUGAACUGCAAACUCUUGUUUUGAAGCCAGUGACCUCACCAAGCCUAGAAAUUACACAAAGUCAAUCUGUUUCUGAUGACCUGGAAUUGGUUGCAUUUAGUACUGAGUCACCACAGAAGACAAUAGCUCCCAGGCAGACAACCAGUGUGCCUCCCAAGCUCAACAUACCACACUCAAGAAUGCCAGCAAAAGAGCCAGUUCCUAAGGGACCCCUGCAUACGACUUCAAAGCCAAAAAUGCCACCAAAUCCUGAAGGGGCAGACACUACAUCUGUUCCAAAAGAUGAACGCCUUUCCUUUAAACCAGAUCCAGAGGUCUCUCACAGUGAAACUGUUCUGCCUCCUGUCACCUUUAGAGUUGAGCCACCAAAGACGACAAGAGCACCUUUAGAAACACGGGGCAUUCCUCUCAUACCUGUGAUUUCACCAAGACCUGGUCAAGAGGAACUACAAACCACCAUGGAAGACACAGACCAUUCUACCCAGGAGCUCUUCACAACCAAGAUUCCACCAACAACUGAACUGGCAAAGACAACUCGGGCACCACACAGAUUGCAUACAGCUCCUGUGAGGCCCAGAAUACCUGACAGGCCCCAUGGCAGGCCUGCUCUGAACAGAACAACUACAAGGCCUGAUAAAACCAAACCCAGAGGGACAUCCCAUAAAAACGGAGUAGGAACAGGAACCAAGCAAGUACCUAAGCCACCAAGUACUGGGAGAAAUGCGUCAGUGGAUUCACAUGCCCCAAGAAAACCAGGCUCAGUCUCAGGAACUCGUCGCCCAUCUAUACCACAUAGACAUACGUCCCCUAGACCGGUGCCUCCACAGAGAAGGCCUUUACCACCGAAUAAUGUCACCGGGAAGCCAGGAAGUAUGGGAAUUGUUUCCUCCAGCCGGGUAACUUCCCCGCCCCUGAAGGCUACACUCAAACCUAUUGGAACAGCCACAGAGAGGCCAAGGGCAGAACAAAAGGAACCAACUGCUCCUGCUUCAGAAGAAGAAUUUGGUAAUACAACUGACUUCAGUUCAAGUCCCACCAAAGAAACCGAUCACCUUGGGAAGCCCAGAUUCACAGGUCCCCAUGUGCGAUAUAUCCCAAAGCCUGAAAACAAGCCCUGUUCCAUCACUGACUCUGUCAGGCGGUUCCCUACAGAGGAAGCCACGGAGGGGAAUGCCACCAGCCCACCACAGAACCCACCCACCAACCUCACGGUGGUCACUGUCGAAGGCUGCCCCUCAUUUGUCAUCUUGGACUGGGAAAAACCUCUAAAUGACACUGUCACUGAAUAUGAAGUCAUAUCCAGAGAAAAUGGGUCAUUCAGUGGGAAGAACAAGUCCAUUCAAAUUACAAAUCAGACGUUCUCUACAGUAGAAAAUCUGAAACCAGAUACAAGCUAUGAAUUCCAGGUGAAACCCAAAAAUCCACUUGGUGAGGGCCCCGCCAGCAACACGGUGGCGUUCAGUACUGAAUCAGCUGACCCAAGAGUGAGCGAGCCGAUUUCUGCAGGAAGAGAUGCCAUCUGGACUGAAAGACCUUUUAAUUCAGACUCUUACUCAGAAUGUAAAGGCAAACAGUAUGUUAAAAGGACGUGGUAUAAAAAAUUUGUCGGAGUGCAGCUAUGUAACUCUCUCAGAUACAAGAUUUAUUUGAGCGAUUCCCUCACAGGCAAGUUUUACAACAUAGGAGAUCAGAGGGGCCACGGAGAAGAUCACUGCCAGUUUGUCGAUUCAUUUUUAGAUGGUCGCACAGGCCAGCAACUCACCUCUGACCAGUUACCCACCAAAGAAGGCUAUUUCAGAGCUGUUCGUCAGGAACCUGUCCAAUUUGGAGAAAUAGGUGGUCAUACCCAAAUCAAUUAUGUCCAGUGGUAUGAAUGUGGGACUACAAUACCUGGAAAAUGGUAGAUGCAACAAAAUUAUUUCCAAAGUACUUCUGGUUCAUUAUCUCAAAAAAGAAACAAUAACAUAACAAAAAGAACCCAUUGGAAAUAGUGGUAUUUGUCACACCUAUUCAAAGCUAUUUUUGUUUACUAUGUAUAAGUUUGCAAUCUGAUAGCAGUACUAGAUGUUUAUUAUUAGAAAAGAUUACUGAGAAUAUUUAUCUGGUUUUACAAAGUCAUUUUUAAAAAGCAAGAUUAACAUUAAUAGAUUAACAUUUUAGGGAAGCUGGCUCCCUAUUCGAAUUUUAAAAGAUCAUUUGUAUAUUAUUUAUCACAACUGUUGUAAUGUUUUCAGAUACUUUUAUAACAAAAUUGUCAAAAAUCUUUAAUAAUCUUUAUAAAAAGUAUUUACUUUAUUGAUGUGUACGUGUUGUUGGUGAAUUAAUUCCAUAAAUCUCUUCUUGGUUUAACUUAUUGGAUCAAAUAAUCUUCAGCAUAUACAUGUGACAGAAAGUAGUUCAAAUACUUAUGUUGAUGUAAACUUCCAUUUUUAGAAUCAGAUGAACAGAUUUUAAGUUUAAAUAGUUAUAUAUCAAUGCUAAUAUUGCCAUAAGUUACCAGCAAAUUAUUGCAAAAAGCCUGAAUCUAUACAAUUUUAUUUCAGUCAGAAACAACUGAUAAUCUGGUAUGUGUCAGUCAAAUGAUAAAUGUCUUUUUCUUCUGUACCCAUACUAUUAUGUCUACAAAUACUUUCUGAAGCUCUUCCUUUAAGCAGUUUUUUUAAAUGGCUCUGUGGUUCUAUUCAAGCUGUAUGUAGAGACUGAGUGUGAAUCAGCAUGAAAAGAUAAUGCAUGGUGAGAAGCUAUUGUUUUAUAGGAUAUAUUAUAUAUUUAUAUGUUUAGGCCAUGAAUGAAUGUAUCACAGAGUGUUUUUGUGACACUGUUUGAUUAAGCUGUAACAAAACUGACUCGUUGGAGGGAGCCAAGAAAAUUAUUGCUUGCCCUGAAAAGACUUUUCUCUGUAUGUAUCUUUCAACAUGCUUCAGUUUUAUCAAUGCUACAUUUUGUAUUUUCAAACAAGUAUAAACACUGCAAUAAAAAGA